UCUCUUCAGAGAAAACGAAACUGAUCUGUCUUUUCCUUCGUCUGAGAGAGAAGAAAAACAGUAAAAUGGCUCAACAGGGAGUUCUGCUGGACCACAACCAGUUCAGUUGUUCAAUCUGUCUGGAUCUACUGAAGGAUCCUGUGGCUACUCCCUGUGGACACAGCUACUGUAUGAGCUGUAUAAAAGACUACUGGGAUCAGGAUGAUCAGAAGGGAGUCUACAGCUGCCCCCAGUGCAGACAGACCUUCACUCCCAGGCCUGUUCUGAGGAAAAACAACAUGCUGGCUGAGGUGGUGGAGAAGCUGAAGAAGACAGAACUCCAAGCUGCUCCUCCUGCUGACAGUUCUGCUGGACCUGGAGAUGUGCUGUGUGACGUCUGCUCUGGGAGGAAGCAGAAAGCCCUCAAGUCCUGUCUGGUGUGUCUGGUCUCUUACUGUGAGGCUCACCUCCAGCCUCACUAUGAAUCUCCUGCCUUUAAGAAGCACAAGCUGGUCAAAGCCUCUUCACAACUGCUGGAGAAUAUCUGCUCCCGUCAUGAUGAAUUAAUGAAAGAAUUUUGUAGAACUGACCAGCAGUGUAUUUGUUUGGUGUGUGUGAUGGAUGAACAUCAAGGUCAUGAUACAGUCUCAACUGCAACAGAAAGAACUGAGAAACAGCGGGAGCUUGGACUGAGUCAACAGAAUGUUCAGAAGAGAGUCCAGCAGAGAGAGAAGGAGCUGAAGGAGCUCCAACAGGCUGUGGAGUCUCUGACUCGCUCUGCACAAGCAGCAGAGGUGGACAGUGAGAGGAUCUUUACUGAGCUGAUCCUCUCUAUUGAGAGAAGACGCUCUGAGGUGAAGGAGCUGAUCAGAGCCCAGCAGAGGGCAGCAGUGAGUCAGGCUGAAGGACUGGUGGAGAGACUGGAGCAGGAGAUAGCUCAGCUGAAGAAGAGAUAUGCUGAGCUGGAGCAGCUCUCACACACAGAAGAUCACAUCAAUUUCCUCCAAGGUUAUCAGUCUCUCUCCACCACCAAUGUAUCUUCAGAUUUACCCAGCACCAUCGGCCCUCAUCGUAAGUACUUCUGUGAUGUGAGAGAGGCUGUGUCCAAGCUGAAAGAGAAACUAGAGGACAUCCUUAAAGACGAGUGGCCAAAGAUCACAACCACCGUGAAUCCAGUGGAUCUUUUACUGCCACCAGAGCCCAAGACCAGAGCAGACGUCUUACAAUAUUCCUGUCAGCUCACACUGGACCCAAACACAGCAGUCAAAUGUAUAUCUCUAUCUGAGGGGAACAGAACAGUAAAAUAUACUUUUCAAGUCCAGCUAUAUCUCUAUCAUGCAGAGAGAUUCACUGACGCCUGGCAAGUGCUGUGUAGAAAUGCUCUGUCUGGACGUUGUUACUGGGAGGUGGAGUGGAGUGGAAGGGUUGGUAUAGCAGUCUCAUAUAAAGACAUCAGCAGGACAGGUCGUCUGUCUAGAUUUGGAUACAAUGAUAAAUCCUGGUGUUUAGAGAACUCUGGUAAAUGUUUUUGUUUCAGACACGAUAAUGUUGAGGCAGUAACAUCAAGCUUUGGUUCCAGAGUAGGAGUGUACCUGGAUCACAUGGCAGGUACUCUGUCCUUCUACAGCAUCUCUGACACAAUGACCCUCAUCCACAGAGUCCAGACCACAUUCACUCAGCCACUCUAUCCUGGGUUUGUAUUGCAGACUUUUUUUUCCACUGCCAAGCUGUGUGACCUGGAGUAGUUCACAUUAGUAUCCUUCCCUCCUUACAUCUCUGGUUGUGGAACUGUACCUCCUAACUUCCAUUUCUGCUCUGAGUUUUUCCUUGUCUUCUCUGAGGGUUUUAAUUGACUAUUGACACUGAUCUGUGGUCAACUGCGAAGUUAACUUUGUGAUAUUGCUGGGAUAAAGGAGUUCACAGAGUAAAGAGUGUACCUGGAUCACAGAGCAGGUACUCUGUCCUCCUACAGCAUCUCUGACACAAUGACCCUCUCGACCAGAGUCCAGACCACAUGCACUCACCCACUCUGUUUUAGGGGUGAAGUUUGGUGUAACGGCUACACUACUGAACUGUGUGAGCUGACAAGGAGAAUUAUUUUCUCCAUGAAUGUCAGGGUCGGGGUUAGAGACUGUUAGAGAUUGACUCUCAUGUCAAAGUAUAGAAGACUCAAGCCAGAUCCUGUGGUGAUCUUAAGGGUCAGGGUCAAGCACCAGCUUCAGUAGGUUAACGUAAUGUGGAAGAAAGUUCUGUCUGUCUCCACCAGGAUGGUUUGACUGUAUUUUUUGGUUCUGUGUUUAUAAGUAUUUGACACUCAGCUCAUUGGAGAUUGGAGAGUUUAACCAACACCUCAACAUGACAAUGACCUGUGAGACAUUCACUGACAGUGAUGCUAUCUCUGAUGCAUGAAGGUCAGAGAACAGAAUUUAUAGCAGAAAGGGAUAACAAAGAUAACAUUUAGCCAACAGAUGUCUGUUAAUAAAGCAGACAGAUAUUACAUCAUAGACCUAUACAUGUAAAUACAUGGAGAGUUCAGCCUAUUAUGCUUGUAUUGCUUCAACUGGUGAUGUGCUUUCCUACAUAAAUUAUUGUGACCAGAACACUGUGAACAGAAGUUGUUUGUUAUUUACCAAAUUGUAAGUUAUGAUGCAUAAAUAUCACAAGGUUUAAAAACGAAUACCAGUUCAUGACAAAGAAUGUCUCUAAUUUUCUUUUAAAUAUUAGGUAAGAGUCACAUGGCACAAUACAUCCAAAAAUCUCUGUAGUGCAUCAUCACUGGAUAUCGCUGCCUACAUUUCAAACUGUUUUCAUGAGGCUUUAAAACAAUGAACAAAAUACAUUAAACAUUAAGAUACGUUUUUGUGUAACAGGAGGUUAACUGACGAGGCCAACAUAUGGACAUAUGUUCUUUGCAAUGGUCAACGAAAGGUUAAAUAUAUGAUAAUACCCACAAAUACCACACAAAUAACCUUUGUGUGAGUCUUAGAACUGAAGUAUAUUCCCACUUGGAAACUGGCACUGACUCUACUCCUGCCCCGAGCAAAGACAUUCAACAACUGACAAGAUUUUAUUAAGUUUCAGUUCACAUCAGAACAUAACAUUAAUUCAAUGCAUUCAUUCUGAAACUCGAUCAAGGUGUUCAAAGGUUUGUCUUGACAUUGAACUUGCUUAACAUUCCCCUCC